AUGGAUGCUACUCUCCCGAGCUCCUGCAAAGUGCUACUAAAACUAGCGUAAUCACAGCAAACGGAGUGCAGCAUAUACACCAAAAUUCCUCCCUCGCCAGCCCAGCAGCACAGGGGGUGAUCAAGUGCCCUUCUUGUUCCAGAAAAUUGGGCAGGAAAACACACCACAGAGCUGGGGCCUACCACACACCAUCGGGCCCACAAGCCGCAUCGUACCUCUCAGUGCUACAUCUGGAGGAAGCAGGGUUGUACCCUUACAGUGCCAGUGAACAACUGCACGGCAGUGUUUCCAUGGGCCGAAAAUCCCAGAAACCGCACGCCGACGCAUCCAGAUACUCUCAAUAUAAAGGAGUUUUACUCCAGCGCCCUGCGGCCUACAAAAUGGCAGCCCUGCCUGAGCAUGAUGCCAGCUCCUCCAGCUCGGAAUCAGUCUUCAGAGACCAUGUGGAACCUGCAAAUGGAAGACAGCCACCACUGUCGCGGCUUAACCCGGAUUUGCUGACCCCGGCCACUAAGCUGGAUAUAAAAAACCUGCUAAUGGAAUUAAAACAGAUGUCUGCGGCUGAUAUGAACCUAAUAAGAAAGGAAGUACAAUCAGUGACCACUGGAGUCCAGGCCUCAGAGGAGGACAUAUCGGACGUACAGAGGUAG